CUUGUUUUUCUAGCUCUUACUGUUCUUCUGAUUGGCCCAUUGCUUCGGGGAGAAAGCGGGGAGAAGGAAGAUCCAGGGGCCAAAGAUCAGAGGCAGUUCCUGGAAAGUGAGAUACAGCCUUCAUUUGCAGGUGGAUUACACUGACAGAGCAGCUUGAAAGGACUGAACCUUUGAAGGGAAAAACAACAACAUACUGUGAACCUAGCACCUCAUCAAAUUCUCACAGACAUUAAAUUUUAAGUUUUUCGAUGACAGAGAGGACCUGUUUCACCUAUAAGGGGAUCCCUCUCCCCACAAUGGGCUACUCCGAGGAAUCACUAAGUUAUAUGGAAAACGAAUUCCAGCUCCUUGAUGAUGAUGUGGUGACUGUCAGCUAUCCUAAGUCAGGUACCAACUGGAUGUUGGAGAUCUUGGGCUUAAUCUGGCAUGAUGGAGACCCCUCAUGGGUUCAGAGUGUGUUGAUGUUUGACAGGUCACCAUGGAUUGAGACUGAUGAUGGUUUGAACAUUGCCUUGAACUAUCCUCCACCCAGGUUCCUGACGACUCACCUGCCAUUCCAGCUUUUCCCUAAAUCCUUUCUGCAUUCCAAGUGCAAGAUUAUCUACGUCAUGCGAAACCCCAAGGAUGUGUUGGUCUCACAUUAUCACUUUGCAAAGUUUUUUCAGCCAUUAGAGGAACCUGGGACCAUGGAAGAGUUUGUGGAGAAGUUCUUGAAUGGGAAUGUGAUUUUUGGUUCCUGGUUCGACCAUGUGAAAGGCUGGAUGAAGAUGAAGAACAGACCCAACGUCUUCUUCAUCUCUUACGAAGAACUGCAUCAGGACCUACGAGGCAGUGUUAAGAGGAUCUGCUACUUUCUUGGCAAAGAACUGGACAGUCACCAGCUGGAUGAGGUGGUGAAAUAUGCCUCCUUCCAAAUCAUGAAGGACAACAAAAUGUCCAACUUCUCUCAAAUACCAGAAGAAUAUAUGAAUCACAAGAAGGGGAAAUUCAUGAGGAAAGGUAAAAGCAGAGCUGAAGAGAAAUGGCAUGGGUGUCUCUGAUUCCUAAAUAAAAGAUGAAUUAGAAUUCAUAUAUUCUAAUCUUAUAUCACGACUUUUACUAGAUGCCAAACUGAAUCAUAGAAUUGUAGAAUAAUUGAGUUGGAAGGGGCCUGUAAAGCCAUUGAGUGCAACCCUAUUGUGCUUAGACACUGAUCUGUGAACAUUGUUAUUGAGACCAUAGGUCAACCAUGUUAAAUACAAUAAACUAAAAUGCAGUAACAAAUCAUAUAGCAUUUACAAGUGAUACAAGGCAGACUGAAAUUCAAAUUGCAGUUGUUUAAGUUUCUAAAUUGAUGAGUGCAGUGAUUUUAUCAUCUGUUUUCUUAUUAUAAAAGCCACUGUACAGAAUUUUGUAACAGGUGUAAUUUCACUUGAGGAAUAGGACAUGAGAAAAGACAUACAAAUUUUAUCAGAUUUACCUGGAUGAUGUACCAAAAGUGUGGGAAUCUUUAUAAAAUGUGCACUGCAGCAGGACAUGUUUCACUGUUUCCAGCACACCAGAUUUGCAAGGGCAAUGGUCUUGAUUAUAAGGGAUAUGUGAGUAUCUUCUGUCCAGAACACCUGAAGGCAGAGCAUCAAAAUGGGCCACGGUGAAAGUUUUCCAGUGUCUUUGAAAUUCCUAGUUGUAAACUUUAACAUUUAACAUACUAACUGAGACCUGUAGAGUCUGAGAUGUAACUCUUGGGGGUUUUGCAAUUUCUCUGAGCAUUGCACAGUCUGAUCUUGGGGUGAGCUGUAAAGAUAAUCUGUUGGGAUGAAGAUCAUGUUAUGAUUUCCAGCCACUGAAUAAUUCUAUUGAAUUGAAUAGCUGUAUCCCAGAUUC